AUGGUCCUUGACGACGUCUCUCCUCAGCGCGUAUGCGAUCUCGUGCUGAGCCUUCUGGAGGACAGCAGUUCGGAGGUUCGCUUGGCUGCGGUGCAGACAAUGACAGCACUGGAGAUGGAGCCUGGAGAUGAAGAGGCUGCUCAAGUAAACCGGGGCAUGUGGAUCAAUGCACUCAGCGACCCGGAUGUCGACGUCAGAAUCCAGGCUGCGUGUGCCGCAGAGCGCGUGCUGGCCGUCGACAGCUUGGAGGAUCCUGCUUCAGAGUCGAUCACGCUGAUGGCGGAUGCUCUGGGAACCGCCAUGACACAGACCUCUGGUGAAAGUGAGAAGACUUUUAGUGUGGGGAGGACGUCUUUCCAGCGGCGCUGUGUGAACUCGCUCGGCAUCCUCUCCGACUUGGGAAAUCCCGUUGCCAGGCACUGGCUCAGCCAGUUCCACAGCCAUCCCGAUCCUCAAGUGCGGCUCGUUUCUGUGUGCGCGACAAUGAGUGCAGACGCUGCUAUGCGGCAUGCGCAGUCAGACGCCAACGUUGUUCUGCGGCACCACAUCCACAGCCUUUGUGGCGGAGAGCUGCCAAAGCUUCUGGGCCUCCCCAAGAAGGAGCUCAGUGAGCAUCAAGAGGAAGAGCUGCGGUGGGCCAUUGAGAAAACAGCGGGCGGCAGCGAAGGCUGGCGACCGCACCUGGCUCGCUGCGAGGAGGAUGGUCAGGUUUCCAGUGUGACGGCUCUUCUCUUCAGGUCCGGCAUCAGAGAUGAGAGUGUACGCCAACUCGUCAUCAAGAGCCUUACGGCCAAGGAGCUCCCCGGCCAGGCUGGGGGACGCGGCUUUCCAACGGAGUUCUGCAGCACCGCCGAGGUCCAGGCCGCCGACGGUCUUGCGGAGCUGUUGUCCAACCGAGCCAAGCUGCGUCAAUCCCAAACGCAAGACGGCCGGAAGUCGCGCUGGCAGGACUUGGCGCAGCGGAAACUGUAG